AUGGCGGGCGCAAGGAACAACGAGCUCCGCAUGACCCUGCUCGGCCUGGCCCUGCUGGGGCUCCUGCUGCUGAGCCACACCGCGGCGCCGGUGGAAGCCGCCGCGGGCGUGCACGAGAACAGCUUCUCCAUGAACAGCGUCGGCGGCCGCAGUCUCAAAAGCUUCAGCAUGAACACUGCCGACAGCGGCAACGGCGCCAAGGGGGGGAAGGUCAAACCCGCCGGCGGCGACUUCUGAUCGACGACCCUCCGUCCGCCGCCGUCGAGUACUAAUUAAAUAAUAUCCUCCGGUUACCCCGUGCUUACAUGCACGCGUGCAUGGCUCCUGCGGUGGGCGGGCAGGAUCGAUCGCAUCGGCCGGCCGCCCGGAGCUCCUGCAUGCGCGCGCGCGCGCGUAUGCUGCUGCGUUUGAUUAAGUAUCGCGAUUUUUGUUUGUGUAUGUAAUUUGGAUGUGCAGAUGCAGUGCGUGUGCUGCACCCAUCCGUUGUGUUCUUCAGUGUAAGGGCCGUCUGUUCGUCUGUACGUGGCCUCACUGGUCAUUAUGAAGGUUAUUUUAUUACUAUUUCUUAAA